AUGGCGUCCACUGGCCCGUCCGCCGUCGCCUCUGCCGUCCCGCCGCCGGCGCCGUACGGCGCGCCCGGCAUCACCCACAUGCAGCUGGCGCCCUCCGGCACGGCCACGCCGCCGUACGGCGCGGCCGACACCUACUACGCGCCCGGCGUCACCUACAUGCAGCCGGCCCCGUCGAUGGCUUCUCCGGGCUGGUGUUACCCGUUGCCGCCUUACCAGCCGAAUGGCGCCGGCUACGGCGCCCUCCUUGUGCCGCCGCCCGUCGGCGGUUAUGGUCCACCCGUCCCGGCGCCGCCCUACGGGGGCCUCCCACCGCCGCCUUCCCUCGGUGGUUAUGGCCCGCCCGCCCUGGCGCCACCCUACGAGGGCCUCCCGCCGCCGCCGGUAUCUGUGUCAUGGGGCCCCACCCUCCUCGCCGUCGAGCACUCCGCGUCGUCGCCGAGUAGCUCUGUCGGUGGAGGCGACUGGUACAUGGACUCAGGUUCCUCCGGCUUCGGCCCCUUCGGCGCCGGCCCCCGUGCCCCCUCGUGGAGCGAUGCGCGGCGGCAGCCCCCGGCGCCCCCCCGGCACGGCGCCCUCUGCCGCCACCACCUGGCUUCGUGA